GGGACUUUGAAGUAGCACGGAUCCCUGAGGUUCAUGCCUAGGCUGUCUGGCUAGUGGGCGAGGCCCAGAAUCUACCCUUCGACUCCUACCUCCCACUAGGGAUCCCCACGCAGGCAGUUGGAGCAACACGUUUAUAUUUUUUUCUGGGUUUCCUGGGAGUUCAGUCUUGAGAGUGUUCAGGAAUUCAUGACCUUCACAAGCCAGCUUAUCGUGGAACGCACAGCGAAGGGCAGUCGUGCAUCCCUCAAAGAACAAGAGUACCUGUGCCACGUCUAUGUCCGGAGUGACAGUCUUGCAGGUGUGGUCGUUGCUGACAACGAGUACCCGUCCCGAGUGGCCUUCACUUUGCUAGAAAAGGUGCUGGAGGAGUUUUCCCAGGAGGUGGACAGGAUACACUGGCCUAGGGGGUCCCCUGCUUCCAUCGAGUACACAGUCUUGGAUCGCUACCUCAGCACAUACCAGAACCCCCGUGAAGCUGACCCCAUGUCCAAAGUACAGGCCGAGCUGGACGAGACUAAGAUCAUUCUUCACAAUACCAUGGAGUCUCUGCUGGAGCGAGGUGAGAAGUUGGACGAUUUGGUGUCCAAAUCUGAAGUGCUGGGGACACAGUCUAAGGCCUUCUACAAAACCGCCCGGAAACAAAAUUCAUGCUGUGCACUUAUGUGAUGCAAUCAGCAGACUCCUGUGCCGAGCAUCCUGCGUGCCCAACAGAACUGCAGCCUGGAAAGAAGAACUCACAGAAGGCCCUACCAGUGGCAUCUUCAUUGGAGUUUCCAGGAGGAACAGAGAGAUGGCAGAAGGGUGGGGCAUUAAAUUUUGUGUACAGUUGUGAUUUUUAGAAUGCAUUUGAGGUCCCCAAAAUUGUACUUUUGGGCAAAUGAAAUCAUAAACCCCAUGUGGCUCAUAGACGCUGGGGCUCGUUUCCAGCCCUCAGAUAGGCUCUGGGGGAGUCAGAGCCAGCUCUGUUUGGUCCUUGUAGGGCUUUGGGGUUUUGUACAUUAAUGACAUUAACACUUCAGGAGGUGGGGGAGGGGAAUCCCUGCUGACAGGCCUGAAUUGGCAGAGCCUGACUCUGCCUUGCCAGGCAAUCAUAGGCUUCUACAUUCUGAGCUGGUGUUUCUCUAGAAUUGGCUUCCACAAGGGCAGCCCCUCCCCGCAGCUGUACCUACACCUGCAGACAUAGCCUAUGGGCAGAGCCGUAGUGGCCAGCGGAUUGAGCCCUUGAAGGUGGGGUAUCCUUCGGUGUCAUAUGUUUAGCUGAGAAUAUUUUCUUCGAGGAAAGUGCAAGCCUAGCUGCACCCAGCUGCCCAUGGUGGGCAUCAGCCAUGACUUGAUUUAACAUCGGCAUCAAAGCAGUGCAUAUUGUCUGCUCCCAAAACUGAUUUUUAUUUGCCUAUGUGGCUACAAGACUAGGGGCUAUACAUCUGGACAAGUGGUCCCCUCAUGGCACUGUGAGUGGGUGCCAGUACCUGAACUCUUCCCAGCACCUCCUGUUAUCAGCCGGUUCAGCCUGCCAGCUCCUGGUCAGAGGCAGCUGUGGGGUCGAUGGAGCAGUUAUGGAUCUGGGCUGGUGUGGCCCAGCGCUGGACACCAACAGGAGCAGCCUGGGCAAAUGGGCCCAGGAUGCUCCUCGGGUGCUAGAGCCCUCUUCCAAACUGACUCCUUGUAUUCCAUGUGCUCUGGAUGUGCCGCUGUCUCUUAAAGCCCUGCUGGGGUGAUGUCGCCCUCAUCUUGAGCCAACAUGCCCUGAGCUUAUGUACUGCCUGAGAGCUCAUGCUGUUCCAACCAGAAGUCCCAGCAGUCCUGAAUCCCCAUCAUGGGCAGGGGUCUGCCCUGGGUUCUGAGGACCCAGACUUCUGGCCUCUGCAGCCUGCUCUGUUACAUCUCCUUUGGGCACUGAACCAGCCAAAGGCUUUGGCCUCCUCCCACAGCAGGCCACCUUGUCGUGUCCUGCUGCCACAAACACUCCAGCCCAGGGCCUCUGGAUGUGCAAAUCAGCCAGCUCACUGAGAUAGAGCAGCCUGUACCUGAGGGAGGAGGACAAUGCAGGGAUGCAAGGGAGGGAUGGAUGUGGGAUAGAUCUGGGUUAGAGAAAGAGGGACCUCACCCACCUAUGGCUACCCAUCCUUAAGGGCUCUGGGUCAGCCCUGACCCGGUAGGGCAGCAAGGGUGGGUGAGUGGACCUGGGGCCCUGUCAGGGAGAGAGGGCCACCCACUCUCCCUGCUCCUUAUUGUAUUCUAAUGUUUAAGUUACUUGGCAAGAGUGUAUUUUAGUAACUGCUGCCUAACUUUCUGAGAGAGGUUUCUGUCUGGAUAAAGAUGUCUUCUGAAAUUC